CCACGCGCUGUGGGAGUCCGGCCCGUACUUUGGCGGACGCCACUGUUUGUUCUCAGUGAGUGAGUAGAGGGUGUAAAGCUUGGCUGGUGUCUGGGUAAAGAAAGCCCAGGUCAGGCAUGUGCGAGUGGCUUCUUAUCAACUGACGGUACAGACACACAGAAAGAGAACCGUGCUGAGGGGAAAGGUCGCUUAUAGGGUGACCGGUGAUUUUGGGAUUUCCGCGGCGUACAAGUCGCCCACGUCCCCGCCGCUGGGCGGUAAGCGGCAGGAGAUGCUUGGUCGGCGGUUGGCAGCAGUAGGAAGCGACGACGACGGUGGCGGCCCUCCUUUGUUUAAUGAGGGCUACUACCUAGGCACUGUCUGGUAGCGGCAGUGGAUGGGAACCCCUGCACCGUGUCUUCCUGACUUUGUUCAGCAGUUGCCUCAGGCCAAGGAGAAGGAAGGUCCUUCGGGGUCAGUUGGAAACAACUGCUCACAUCGUGGGGAACUUGUUCGCCGUCACCUCCUGGAAUUUAAAGAUUAACAGACUGGCGGGUGAGUAAAAAAACGCAUCUUUCAAGACACAACUGUGGUAAAGCUGUUCCGUAAGAGGACGGCUUGUGUCCACACACUUCAAAGAAAUCUGCUUUACCGUGGUGUUUGGUCCUGUUCUGAUGAUCACGGGGAGUGUCAAAUCUCAUUGAAGACCGGCUCAAAAAAACCCAAACACGAGUAGAAUAAAUGUAUGCGACUUGACUACAAUAUUUCUGAAUGAUCUUUGCUGCUGUUACCCACAUUGCAGAGCUAAUCGUAUUAAGAUGAUGCUGUUGGUUAUGGUUAUUUUUUAUCAAGUGCUUUAUAAAACCCUGGGGUGGUUGGAGUGGCUGAAUUUUUCCUGGAAUUGAGUGAUAAAUUCAGAAGACUGAAGCCCAGGCUAACUGUAUACCUUUCACGGAGGCCGAGCCGUGAGAGGACAGAAGAAGGCACGUGGCGAAUCAUGACGGCUGACAAAGAGAAAGAAAAGGAUAAAGAAAAGGACAAAGAUAGGGAUAGGGACAGAGAGAGGGACAAGCGCGAUAAGGGAAAAGAGUGUGAGAGCUCACGUCCACGGCGCAGUUGUACUUUGGAAGGGGGAGGUGCUAAAAACUAUGCUGAAAGUGACCACAGUGAGGAAGAGGACAAUGAUAAUGACAAUGACGAUGCCAGUGCCACUACAGAGGAAUGUGUAAAGAAAUCCAAAAAGAAACCACCCAAAAAGAAGUCCCGCUAUGAGAGGGCAGAAAGUGGAGAAAUAACCUCAUUUAUCACAGAAGAGGACAUUGUUUACAAACCUGGAGAUUGUGUAUACAUCGAGAAUCAUCGACCCAAUGUGCCAUAUUUCAUCUGUAGUAUUCAAGACUUCAAACUGCCAUCGGGUUCACCCCCUAUAGUUAAAACAUGUUACCGAGCUGAUCAUUCACUAAAUCGGACAGAGAAGGUGAGUAAACGGGACCAUCUCUUAAUGAGUGUAAAGUGGUACUAUCGUCAGUCCGAAGUACCAGAUUCUGUCUAUCAGCAUUUGGUUCAAGAUCGGCAUAAUGAAAAUGUUCUAACAUGUUUUCCAGUUGACACUGGUCGAGAACUUGCGAUCACAGACCCACUCAUCCGGAGCCGAGAGCUGUUUAUUUCUGAUUAUGUGGAUACUUACCAUGCGGCUGCUCUUAGAGGGAAAUGCAGUAUAUUACAUUUUUCUGACAUAUUUGCAGUUCGAGAGUUCAGAAUACAAGAUGAUACCUUUUUUUAUGUUUUGGGCUACAAUCCAGAAACAAGGAGGCUGAACAGCACGCAGGGAGAAAUCAGAGUUGGUCCCAGUCAUCAGGCAAAACUGCCAGAAUUCCAGGCAUUGCUGCCUACAGAUUCUGAAGUAAUAACAGAGCAUGAAGAACUGGUGUGGAUGCCUGGUAUUAACGACUGUGACCUUCUGAUGUAUCUGAGGGCAGCCAGGAGCAUGGCAGCAUUUGCAGGAAUGUGUGAUGGUGGUUCAACAGAAGAUGGCUGCCUUGCAGCAUCACGGGAUGACACAACCCUUAAUGCACUGAACAUUCUACAUGAAUGUAACUAUGAUGCAGGGAAGGCUCUGCAGCGUUUGGUCAAGAAACCGGUUCCAAAGCUGAUCGAGAAGUGUUGGUCUGAAGAUGAUGUUAAAAGAUUCAUUAAGGGUCUUCGGCAGUACGGAAAGAACUUCUUUAGAAUCCGAAAAGAGCUGCUUCCUAAUAAAGAGACUGGAGAACUGGUUACAUUCUACUAUUACUGGAAGAAAACACCUGAAGCAGCAAGUUCUCGAGCCCAUCGUAGACAUCGAAGGCAGGCUGUGUUCCGACGAAUUAAAACUCGAACAGCUUGUACUCCUGUAAAUACACCAUCUAGACCACCUUCUAGUGAAUUCUUGGAUCUUAGUUCAGCAAGUGAGGAUGAAUUUGACAGUGAGGACAGUGAGCAGGAACUGAAGGGUUAUGCCUGCCGUCAUUGCUUUUCAACCACUUCCAAAGAUUGGCACCAUGGUGGAAGGGAGAACGUUUUACUGUGUACGGACUGUCGUAUUAAUUUUAAGAAGUAUGGUGAACUGCCAUCAAUAGAGAAGCCAGUGGACCCUCCCCCAUUUAUGUUUAAACCUGUCACAGAGGAAGAAGAUGGACUCAGUGGGAAACAUAGCAUGAAGACCAGACGGAAUAGAGGAUCGAAAACAACAGAAGAUGUGUCAUCACCCCUUAAGAGUGUAAAACGACCCCGUGAUAAGGUAACGUCUGACUCUGAAGAACCAGAGCAAGAUAACACAAAAAAAUCCAAAGCUCAGGAGAUCAGCAGGCCGAAUUCCCCCUCAGAGGGUGAAGGAGAAAGUUCAGACAGUCGCAGCGUUAAUGAUGAAGGAAGCAGUGAUCCAAAGGACAUAGAUCAGGAUAAUCGUAGCACUUCACCUAGUAUUCCCAGCCCGCAGGACAAUGAGAGCGACUCUGACUCUUCAGCCCAACAGCAAGUACUGGCAGCACAGCCUGCAUUACUUCAGACUCAGAAUGGCACAUGUGGACAAGCUCAGCUACCUUCUGCACCCUCACAGAUACCAGCUGCAGUGCCAGCAUCUGUCACUCCAACAGCAUUACCUCAGAUGUCACCUCCAGUGUCUCAGUCUCCUGUCCAACUACAGCCUCAGACUCACUCACUUAUACAGCAAGCACCUCAGUUACAUCCUCAGAGACUACCUUCACCACAUCCAUCAAUGCAACCUCUAACACAGGGGCAGACCCAAGCUUCAUCUCAGUGUCCAUCUCAAGCACCUCUCCAUGCCCAGGUCCAGCCUGUGUCCCACAAUUUGCAGGGACAGCCACACAUACAACACUCAGUACCUCCUCAGCCUUUUUCUGUUUCCUGUCAGUCAUCACAGUCUCAGGUUCCUGCUUCACCUCAAUCACAAGGUCAAGCACAUCUACAAGUUCAUUCUUCUGCACAAACACAGCCUCCACAGCCUCAACCUCCAAGAGAGCAGCCUCUGCCUACUGUAUCAGUGGGUAUGCCUCAUAUCAAACCUCCCCCUACUACACCCAUUCCUCAGCUUCCUGUUCCUCAGUCUCAUAAACACCCCCCACAUCCUUCUGGUCCUUCCCCUUUCCAAAUGAACUCUAAUUUACCUCCUCCUCCAGCACUAAAGCCUCUGAGUUCGUUACCAACACAUCAUGCGCCAUCUGCACACCCUCCUCCUUUGCAGCUUAUGUCUCAGACCCAGCAGGCUGCUCCACCAGCUCAACCUCCGGUCCUCACUCAAGCCCAGAACCUGUCAUCAUCAGCAAAUUAUCCUCCAUCUGGACUUCAUCAGGUAUCAUCACAGCCGUCUUUUCCACAGCACGCAUGUAUGUCUGGUGGGCCACCUUCUAUAACUCCAACAUCAGUACCUUCGGUUUCUGCACCUUCAUUGUUGCCUGGAAUUCCACCUUCAUCUUCAGUAACUACAUCUGUUGCUUCCACUGGCAUUGCUGCAGCUACAAGUUCUUCAUCAGUUCCACCUAUUCAGAUUAAAGAAGAACCCCCUGAUGAUCUUGAAGAACCAGAAAGCCCACCACCUCCUCCUAGAAGCCCCUCUCCAGAGCCUACUGUUGUUGAUACACCAAGCCACGCCAGUCAAUCAGCAAGGUUUUGUAAGCACCUGGAUCGGGGCUAUAACUCCUGUUCAAGAACAGACUUGUACUUCUUACCACUGUCAGGGUCAAAACUUGCCAAGAAAAGAGAAGAAGCACUGGAGAAGGCCAAGAGAGAAGCUGAGCAGAAAGCUCGGGAAGAGAGGGAACGGGAAAAAGAGAAAGAAAAGGAGAGGGAACGAGAAAGGGAAAGGGAGAGAGAGGCUGAAAGAGCAGCACAGAAGGCAUCCAGCUCUUCUCAUGAGAGUCGUAUUGGAGAACCUCAGCUUAGUGGGCCAACUCACAUCAGGCCUUCAUUUGAGCCUCCACCAACAACAAUCGCAGCUGUACCUCCUUAUAUAGGACCAGAUACACCAGCAUUAAGAACUUUAAGCGAGUAUGCCAGACCUCAUGUAAUGUCACCAACAAACCGCAGUCAUCCCUUCUUUGUUCCUUUGAAUCCUGCUGAUCCUCUCCUGGCCUAUCACAUGCCUGGUCUGUACAAUGUUGACCCAGCAAUAAGGGAACGAGAGUUGCGGGAACGGGAAAUGCGUGAAAGAGAAAUCCGUGAAAGAGAGUUAAGAGAAAGAAUGAAACCAGGUUUUGAAGUGAAGCCUCCUGAACUGGACGCACUGCAUCCUGCUGCAAAUCCCAUGGAACAUUUUGCUAGACAUGGGGCAUUAGCGCUUCCGCCAACAGCAGGACCUCAUCCAUUUGCUUCCUUCCACCCAGGUUUGCAUCCUUUGGAAAGGGAGAGACUUGCACUUGCAGGUCCACAGUUGCGGCCUGAAAUGAGCUAUCCAGAUAGACUGGCAGCAGAAAGAAUACAUGCCGAACGAAUGGCAUCUCUGACGAAUGAUCCUCUAGCUAGACUCCAGAUGUUCAAUGUGACGCCACAUCAUCACCAACAUUCACACAUACAUUCACACCUACACCUCCAUCAGCAGGACCCCUUACAUCAAGGUUCAGCAGCAGCUGUACAUCCUCUGGUUGAUCCCUUGGCAGCUGGUCCCCAUUUGGCCAGAUUCCCUUAUCCUCCUGGAGCAAUCCCUAACCCUCUGUUAGGACAACCACCACAUGAACAUGAAAUGCUUAGACAUCCUGUUUUUGCUGCAGCAUAUCCUCGAGAUCUUCCUCCACCCAUGUCUGCAGCUCACCAGUUACAAGCAAUGCAUGCACAGUCUGCAGAAUUGCAGAGACUUGCUAUGGAACAACAAUGGCUGCAUGCACAUCCGCAUAUGCAUGGAGCUCAUCUAGCAAGUCAGGAGGAUUACUACAGGUAACACAGAAAUGAUUCUGUCGACUGAAGAAAGAAAGUGACAAGCAAUUGUAAAAAGUUAUUUAUAUGAAGAGCUAACUACAAAAACUAUCCUAAGAAACAUUCAACAUGCUACAGAAGUGAAUACUGUCUGUAAAAGAAGAUUAAUAUAACAGCACUCAUUCUGUUAAUAGUUUUUAUUUUGUAGAGGACAUUUAAGACUGAUUCUGGCUCCCUGCAUGACGUAAUUUUCCCAUGCGUACUGAAUAAAGGACAGAGUGAUACAUUCAGACAA